ACUACUUGCCGCCCCGCCUGGAUGUACGUACUUUUUCGCAGGCGGGCCUAGACGUUGCUACGUCACCGGCAGGGUGGCACUUGCCAGAGUUUUUUUGAACGCGCUAGAGGAACCCAGACACUGCUCAUUCAACUUGCCUGUGCUUCAGUCACAUUGGAGAUCCAGAGGGACAGAGCGAGAGGGACCUGAGAAAACUGAACCGUGCCAACUGCAUCGUAUUCGCUGUACCCACACAGACAACUCUGAAUUUACAUUAAAUAUGUCUAUCACCAUCUGCUGUCAAAAGCCCCAGGUUAUAAUGCACGACCAACACAGAAAAAGUUUGACUCUAUAGCCAACGGGAUCCUGAGGACUUGAUUACAGUCGCUUCAAGCCUGAUAGUUUGCAUCGGUGCGGCUCCCCCCGGCUCACACCCCUCUGGACGACUGGCAUUGCCCCCACCCCUCCUCCUCCGCUGGUAGAGAAGACUUGGGUUCCCUUGUGGUCUCUGUCUACUUUGCCUUUGUCUUCUCUCCCAUCGUCCCCUGUUGGUCUACUGGUACAAGUAACAGUCCCCGGAGUUCCGUCAUUCUGUAUUAGGCUCUGCCCCCAACAUUAAGCAGUAAAGAUGAUUUCCAACGGUUAUCUGAUCUUUGAAGAUGAGACUUUCCUGGAUUCCACUGUGGCCAAAAUGAACGCCCUGAGAAAGAGCGGACAGUUCUGUGACGUGCGACUGCAGGUGUGUGGUCAUGAGUUGAUGGCCCACCGUGCUGUGCUGGCCUGCUGUAGCCCCUAUCUGUUUGAGAUCUUCAACAGCGACAUCGAGGCUCACGGCGUGUCCCACGUCACCUUCGAAGACCUGGACCCAGAGGCUGUGGAGAUCCUGCUCAACUACGCCUACACUGCCCAGUUGAAGGCAGAUAAGGCAUUGGUUAAGGAAGUCUACUCUGCAGCCAAAAGGCUCAAGAUGGAACGAGUCAAGCAGAUCUGUGGCGACUACCUGCUGUCUAAGAUGGAUUCCCAGACCGCCAUCUCCUUCCGUAACUUUGCAAGCUGCAUGGGAGAUGGCCGCAUGCUGGCUAAGAUCGACGCCUACAUCCAGGAACACCUGCUGGAGGUCUCAGAGCAAGAGGACUUCCUCAAACUGCCCCGCCUCAAGUUAGAAGUAAUGCUGGAAGACAGCCUGAGCCUGCCCAGCAACGGCAAGCUCUACAACAAGGUGCUCAACUGGGUCCAGCGCAGUUUGUGGGAGAACGGAGGUCAACUGGAUAGACUGAUGGAGGAGGUGCAAACGCUGUACUAUUCAGCCGACCACAAGCUGCUCGAUGGCGCUCUCAUCAUUGAGGAACAUGGGGUGUUUGGUGUUGGUGCAGAGGACCACAUCCAGUUUGUGCAGAAAAAGCCCCUUCGUGAGAACAGCAACACCCAGAGACAGCUGAGCUCCAGCUCCUCCGGCAGCACCUCGCCCCCUGGCUCCUCCUCCAACACACCCUGCAGGAGAGAGUGGAAGUAUAUUGCCUCUGAGAAGACCACCAACAACACUUACCUGUGUCUGGCCGUGCUGGAUGGAGUGUUGUGUGUGAUCUUCCUGCAUGGCCGUAGCUCUCCCCAGAGCUCUCCCUCUGCCACACCCUGUCUGAUGAAGAGCCUCAGCUUCGAGGCCCAGCCUGAGGAGCUGGAGGAACACCCGCUGACCACCAUGCACUAUGCCCGCUCUGGCCUGGGCACUGCCACCCUGCACGGCAGGCUCAUCGCUGCAGGAGGGUAUAACCGAGAGGAGUGCCUGAGGACAGUGGAGUGUUACGACCCCAAAGACGACCGCUGGACCUUCACCGCUCCCAUGCGGACUCCCAGGGCUCGCUUCCAGAUGGCAGUGCUUAUGGGUCAGCUGUACGUGAUGGGCGGCUCCAACGGCCACUCGGACGAGCUGAGCUGUGGGGAGACUUACGAUCCGCACACUGACACGUGGGCUCAGGUGCCAGAGCUCCGGACCAACCGCUGCAACGCAGGUGUCUGCUCAUUGAACAACAAGCUGUUUGUGGUGGGAGGGUCAGACCCCUGUGGGCAGAAAGGCCUGAAGAACUGUGACGCUUUUGACCCUGUGACCAAGACCUGGAACAACUGUGCUCCCCUCAACAUCAGGAGGCACCAGGCUGCGGUGUGUGAGCUAGAUGGCUUCAUGUACGUGAUUGGAGGUGCUGAGUCGUGGAACUGCCUGAACACAGUGGAGCGUUACAACCCCGAGAACAACACCUGGACCCUGAUCUCCCCCAUGAACGUGGCCCGCAGGGGGGCUGGGGUGGCCGUCUACGCUGGGAAGCUUUUCGUGGUUGGUGGGUUUGAUGGCUCCCAUGCCCUGCGCUGUGUUGAGGUGUACGACCCAGCCCGCAAUGAGUGGAGGAUGCUCGGUAGCAUGACCGUGGCACGCAGCAAUGCGGGUGUAGCCGUGCUGGGUGAUUUCAUCUGCGCCAUGGGCGGCUUCGACGGAAACAACUUCCUGAACACGCUGGAGGUUUACGACCCCGAGACGGAUGAGUGGAGCGACUGCGCCGAUGCCCUCUCCUCCUCCGCCUGAGGGUUAAGGGUCAGAGAUCAAUGGGGGUGGGGGGUACCUUUCCCAAACUAACAGGCUUAGUGACAUAAUCGUGUUUCGUGAUGUUCCGUAGGUGAGUGGGAGGAAGGGGACAGGGGAACCAUUUUGGCAGGGGGUCUUCAGUGAAGACUGGAGUAUUUGGGGGGGGGGGGGGUGCCGAAAGCAACAUUACGCCUUUGCAUACAAUAUUUUUCGCGCUGUAUAUAUUUUCCUUUUUGUCUUAAGAAUGCCAACAUUUAAUACACAUUUAGUGCAAUUUAGUUUAUUUUGUUGUUGUAAGGUUGUAUUGUUUUCUGAGGAGAAGCUACUGUUUUGAUCAUCUCAACACUACCUUGGACCUACUGGUCAGGAUGGGUGAUGGUACUGGAAAACUUUGGGUUGACUUGAUUUAGAAGGUGAUUCUGAAUAGUUGUUUCCAUUUUAAACUGUCAUUUGAACUCCCACACACAUUUAAAGGUAUGCAGUUUGAAGCCUUAUUCAAAGGAAGAGGGUCACUCCCAUCAUGGCUUUGUCAUUUAAAGAUAUGCAGUUUGAAGCCUUAUUCAAAGGAAGAGGGUCACUCCCAUCAUGGCUUUGUCAUUUAAAGAUAUGCAGUUUGAAGCCUUAUUCAAAGGAAGAGGGUCACUCCCAUCAUGGCUUUGUCAUUUAAACUAAAGCUGGAUUGUGCUUUUCCAAUCUUUAAUGAUGGCCUUUUUUAAAUAUUUUUAUACACUGCUGAUUUACCAAUAGAAGAAGUAGCUGACGCACAUGACAACUGAGUCAUCAAAUGAAACCAGUGUCAGUUUAGUAACAACGCGAACACACACACACACACACACAACCAACCAUGCUUCUGUGCUUGUUCUAACCACAUAUUUUGUUACUGCGUUUUGACUAAUUCACUAUUUGUAGAGAUGCUGUUUUCUUGAUUUCUUGUGUGGUGUUUUAAAAGGGGUUCAGACAUUUGGCUUUUGACAUUUUCUUUUUUGAGUUUAGAAGGUCCUGUAUCACAUUUGUAACACGCUGAUAUUCCUUAACUAAUAAACCAUUUCAACCUGA